UGGCGCUGCUGGCCACGCUGCUGGGCCGCUACUGACAAUAAACGCCUCGCCCGCCCACCCCUGACGUCAUCUCGCGGCGCGCGGCCAUGGCGGCGCGGUGGAGCGGAUGCGGGCGGCGGCUGCUGAUGCGGCGGCUGCUGAUGCGGCGGCCCUGGGCGGCACCGGCGCUCACCGCCGGGGCACUGAUGGGGGCUGGUGACGUGAUCGCACAGCAGCUGGUGGAGCAGCGGGGGCUGCAUGGGCACCAUGGCCCCCGGACCCUGAAGAUGAUGGCCAUCGGCUUCUGCUUCGUGGGCCCCGUUGUGGGUGGUUGGUACAAGAUACUGGAUCGACUCAUACCAGGGACGACCAAAGUUGUGGCUGUGAAAAAGAUGGUGCUGGACCAGGGGGCCUUUGCACCAUGUUUCCUUGGCUGCUUUCUCGGCAUCACAGGGGCCAUGAACGGACUGUCAGUGGAGGAGAACUGGUCCAAGGUCCGGCAGGACUACACAGACGCUCUGCUGACCAACUACUGUAUCUGGCCACCUGUGCAAAUCGCAAACUUCUACUUCGUGCCCCUGAAGCACAGGCUGGCUGUUGUGCAGUGUGUUGCCAUCGUCUGGAACUGUUACCUCUCCUGGAAAGCAAAUCGUCUGUGAGGUGGGAGCCACGUCCUGUCCCUGCGCACUCUGCCCUGGCUCCACAGCCGCUGGGGCUGUAUGGGGCCAGGGUACACGGGCUGCUGGCAGGGGCCAUCUCACUCUCCUUAGGGGACCCCUUUCCCAGCGGCCACAGCCCCUGCUGCCCCACGUCCACCCUGAGUUGGGCCAGCACCAGGGAUGGCUCUGCGUCCAGCAGCACAGCGUGCUGUGGGGCAGCUCUGCUCCUCACUGUGCUACUCCAGCCGUGCUCACUGCUCUCUUGGGCCCCCAGUCCUGCACAAAGACUGUUCCUGCCCCCAAGCGCUGCUCUGUCCUUCCAUGGCGGCAGAUCCCGGGGAUCAAGAGGUGGGAUCUGGGCCAGGGCUGGUGCAGGUCCUGGGCUGAUGGGGCCAUGGGUCAGGCAUUGCCUGGCUGGGGACGGGGUCAGUGCUGAAGGGCUGCCCUGCACCUGCGGAUGUGUAGCACCUGCUGCAGCAGUCCAGGUGUACUCUCUCUGGAAACGGUGUUUGCUGCAGCUGCUGCAAACAGAG